AUGACCCAUUGGCGGCAUACUGCUAGUAUUGCAUUUCUACUUUCACUGAGGGCCACGGCCUGGCCAUACUCAAGCUUCAAGUCAACCGGCUUUCAGCCUCCCAAACUCGAAAUCGCUCACACUGGUCCUACUGAUCCCGGGUUCAUUUUCCUCGGGCCUCGUGGGGCUAUACAACCCUCCGGCCAGGCGGCUCUCAUCUACGAUAAUAAUGGAAAUCUAGUUUAUGAAGGACCUCAGGAAUCCGUAUCUAAUUUCCAGGUACAGCAACUGAAUGGUAAUGAUGUGAUUACAUUUUGGUCUGGAGAUGCAGUCUCUAUUGGAUAUGGAUAUGGAUCUGUUCAUAUCCUUGACAAUACUUAUCAGGAGAUCCACACGGUCACCUUGACUGGGAACUUUGUUACUCCAGAUGGCUCGCAGAAGAAUUCAUACAUUGAUCUGCAUGAGAGCUAUAUCACUCCAAGCAAUACUCUUCUGGUGACAGUCUACAAUGUCACGCAGCAUGAUUUGACUUCUAUCGGCGGCAAUUCGUCGGAAUGGAUACUGGACGGCCAGUUUUACGAGAUUGAUAUUGCCUCAAAUCAGAUUAUUAAAUCCUGGAGCGCGUUAGAUCACCAAGACUCCAUUCCUUUGAAUUCUUCACACCAAAGGCUGUCUCGAAGUGCGGGUACACAGGCAAACCCAUACGAUGCCUACCAUGUCAACGCCGUCUCUACUACCAAUCAUGGGUACAUGAUUUCCCUUCGCCAUAUGUGGUCUGGAUAUUAUCUUUCUUCGGAUGGAUCAGUAUUGUGGCAGGUCAGCGGUGACAAUGGGGCAGAUUUCCGUCCAGUGGGCCAAACUAAUUUUGCCUGGCAACAUGAUCUCCGCGUCUCGAAUGAAACAGAUGAUAGCAUGGUCUUAACUCUUUUCAACAACGCCAAUACCCCAACAUGGAGUGAGGGCCCUUCCACCGGAGUUAGCCUGGCUAUUGAUCUUACUGAGAAAACCGUCACAAGCCUUCGCUCUCUAAAUGAUCCGAGCGAUCCUAUUCGCUCUGUCAGUCAGGGUAGCUACCAGGCUCUACCAGACUCGAACGGCCAUGUCUUUAUAAAUUAUGGCUCUAUUUCUAAGGUCAAAGAAUUUGACGGUGAUGGGAAUGUCGUCUUCAGCGCUGCAUUUGGUACAAGUAACACCGUUUCCUCGUACCGUGGCUUCCGAUAUCAGUGGAGUGCUACUCCCUUCUGGAAGCCUUCGCUGAAUGUCACUCGGACCUCUUCCGGGAUAGUUGUGUAUAUGAGUUGGAAUGGUGCCACGGAUUAUGAUAGCUGGGCAGUGUACUCUGCCUCCUCCGCAAACUCUACCAACAAUCAGCAGAUCAGUUCUGCCAAGCGUACAGGCUUUGAGACUUCUGUUACUUUGAAUAAUGUGACCACGGCCUAUAUUCAGGUAGCCGCUUUACAGGGGAGCAAUGUUCUUGGUACCUCUGAUAUCGUCGCUUUCUAG